AUGGCUAUCCAAAGCAAAACAGCCGCGGCCGCGGUGGUAGCAGCAGCAGCAGCAGCAGUAGACCUGGACGCGCCCUUCACGCGCGAUACGCUGCUCGAGGUGCGCGCCGGCAAGAUGCGGCCCAUGCCGGGGCUGCCCAACGUGCUGUCGGGCAUCGACAAGACGGUGUGCGGCAGCAGCCCUGUACACAUCUCGCGGCUGGGCAUUGACGGCGACGAGCACGACCUGACGUUCCACGGCGGGCCGGAGAAGGCGAUUCAUGGGUACUGCUCCUCGCACUACGCCGCGUGGAGGGCCGAGUUCCCCGCCGCGGCCGACCGGUUCGUGCCGGGCGCGUUCGGCGAGAACUUUGUCACGGCGCAAAUGAACGAGAGGAACGUGUGCAUUGGGGACGUGAUGGCCGUGGGGGGCAGCAGCGAUGACAACGCCGUGCUGCUCGAGGUCAGCCUGCCGCGGCAGCCGUGCUACAAGCUCAACCACCGCUUCCAGCACAAGAACUUUGCGCCCAACACAUGGAAGACGAGCAGGACGGGCUGGUACUUCCGCGUGAGGCGCGACGGCACGGUCAAGGCCGGCGACGAGAUCAGGCUCGUCGAGCGCAAGCACCCCAAGUGGACCCUCGAGCGCGUGCAGGAGUACCUGCACCGCACGCAGGACGACGCGGCCAUGAACGAGGAGCUGGCGGGCAUCGAGGCACUGGGCCCUGAAAGCCGCAACGUCUUCAAGGGGCGGAUGGAGAAGCAGCAGAAGCAGGCCCUCAGGGACAAGACGCCGGCGCCCAAGCUGCGCGACUUCCGCGUGGUGGAGAAGAAGCGGCAGGCGGCGCGCAUCUCCUCGUUUGUGCUCGAGGCCGUGGAGCCCAUAGCCGACGAGGAGGACGCGGACCUCGACACGGGCGCCCACGCCAGCAUCAAGCUGGGCAACGGGCUGGUGCGCGCGUACUCGGUCGUCGACGGAGACCGCAACAGGUUCCAGCUAGGCGUCGCGCUAGCCAGUGGCCCCGCGAGCCGCGGCGGGUCGCGAUACAUGCACAACGAGGUCGAGGUGGGCAGCGUGCUGCAGGUAUCCGCCAUGACGGCGGCGGUGCCCUUUGCGGGCGACGCCAGCCACCGCGUCUUUGUGGCCGCGGGCGUCGGGCUCACGGCCUUCCUGGCGCAGGUCGAGCUGUGCAAGAGCAUCAACUACAGCGCCACGCUGCACUACGCGGUGCGGUCGGCCGAGGACGUGCCCUUCCGGGAGCGCCUCGACAAGCUGGGCGACUGGGUCGUGCUCUACGACAAGUCGGCAGGCCAGCGGCUCGACGUGGGCAGCAUCAUUGCCGACCGCAAGUGGAACUCGAAGCUGUACUUUUGCGGCCCAAAGCUCCUCAUGGAGGAGGCCGCUAGGGAGACGCGGGUACGUGGCAUCCCCGAGAGCGAAGUGCACUUUGAGGCCUUCUCGGCAGAUGUCUCGGGCGACCCGUUCGAGGCCGUGGUAGCGAACAAAGGGGGCAAGGUUCUCCAGGUCGGAGAGGAAGAGACACUGCUCGAGGCUCUGCAAAAGUGCUUCGAUGUACCCUCAAGCUGCUCAGUUGGGAAUUGCGGAACGUGCAAGAUCAGCCUUCAGGGGGGGCGUGUCGACCACCGCGGAACAGCGUUGACGGUAGACGAAAAGGCCACUUCUAUGCUGUCGUGCGUUAGCCGCGGCAUUGGGCGCAUAACUAUUGAAAUAUGA